GAACGGAACCAGCGAGAGGGCGAGCGGAAGUCGAGGUGGCGGCACUGCUUACUUUGCUCGCGGCUGCCCUGGCUGGGCUGUAUGAGCCGGGCGGGCGGCGGAUGGAAUCGAGGCAGGAUGCUCGCAGCUGGCGAAGCGGGCCAGGAGCCGGCGGCCCCGUGCUGCCCCGAAGGCGGUGACAGAGUGAAGAACGCGGAGGAGAAAAGUGACAUGAGCAUUGCAGCUCUUGUUGGAAGCGACCAGCUCACACAAGAUGGAGAUGAUGAUGAGCUUCUCCUGAGUGUGUCUGCAUUCAUAGAAAAGGAAGUGGGAAGUGACCUUAAAUCUUUAAAGAAACUUGGCAAACUCAUAGAAAAGAUGACAGAAGACAAAAUAAAGUUAGAAGAACAGGUACUUACUAUUUCAUCAGAAAUCCCUAAAAGAAUUCAAAGUGCUUUAAAAGAUGCAGAAGAAUCCAAACAAGUUCUUAAUCAGUUUUUGGAGCAGGAAGCUCCUCUCUUCAGUUCUAUCACUAGCCAUCUACUGACUGCACAGCCAUGGAUGGAUGAUCUCGGGGCCAUGAUCACCCAGAUAGAAGAGAUUGAGCAGCAUCUCACAUACCUUAAAUGGGUUUCACAGAUCGAAGAGUUAAGUGAUAACAUUCAGCAAUACCUGAUGACCAAUAACGUGCCUGAGGCAGCCUCUAUCCUGGUGACUAUGACAGAACUUGACAUCAAGCUUCAGGAGUCCUCUUGUACUCAUCUUCUUAGUUUCGUGAGAGCCACAGUUAAAUUCUGGCAUAAAAUUCUGAAGGACAAGCUUACCAGUGAUUUUGAGGAAAUUCUGGCACAGCUUCAUUGGCCAUUCAUCACACACACCCAGUCUCAAGCUGUUGGCAUAAACUGGCCUGCUGGUGCCCCUGAGAUAUAUGGUACCCUGGAGACACUGUUUUGUCAGCUGUUGAAGCUACAAGCCUCAGAUGAAUUACUAACUGAACAAAAACAACUCCCAGAAAAAUACUCUCUUCCUGAAUGCCCUUCUGUGAUCCUGCCCAUCCAGAUCAUGCUGACUCCCCUUCAGAAGAGAUUCAAAUACCACUUCAGAGGCAGCCGACAGACUAAUGUUAUCAGCAAGCUUGAGUUUUCUCGGGGCCUUGUGAUGCUCAUUCUUGAGAAGCUGGCUUCUGAUAUACCUUGCCUGCUCUAUGAUGACAACCUUUUCUGUCAUUUGGUGGAUGAGGUGCUGUUGUUUGAAAGGGAGCUGCACAGUGUUCAUGGCUAUCCUAGCACUUUUGCCAGUUGUAUGCAUAUUCUGUCAGAGGAAACCUGUUUUCAGAGAUGGUUAACUGUGGAGAGAAAAUUUGCUCUUCAAAAAAUGGACUCAAUGCUCUCAUCAGAGGCUGUUUGGGUAUCCCAAUAUAAAGACAUCACUGAUGUGGAUGAAAUGAAGGUUCCAGACUGUGCAGAAGUUUUUAUGACUUUACUUUUGGUUAUAACUGACAGGUAUAAGAAUCUUCCCACAGCCCCCCGAAAGCUGCAGUUCCUGGAGUUACAGAAGGACCUAGUAGAUGACUUUAGGAUACGAUUGACCCAGGUGAUGAAAGAAGAGACCAGGGCUCCACUUGACUUCCGAUACUGUGCAAUUCUUAAUGCCGUGAACUACAUCUCAACAGUCCUGGCAGACUGGGCUGACAAUGUUUUCUUUCUGCAGCUGCAACAGGCAGCACUGGAGGUCUUUGCAGAGAAUAAUGCCCUCAGUAAGUUGCAGCUGGGACAACUAGCCUCCAUGGAGAGCUCUGUCUUUGAUGACAUGAUAAACCUCUUAGAGCGUUUAAAGCUUGAUAUGUUGACUCGCCAAGUAGACCAUGUUUUUAGAGAAGUGAAAGACGCUGCAAAAUUGUAUAAGAAAGAAAGAUGGCUGUCCCUGCCGUCUCAGUGUGAGCAGGCAGUGAUGUCCCUGUCCAGCUCAGCUUGCCCACUCUUACUGACCUUACGGGACCGUCUGCUUCAGCUGGAGCAGCAGCUUUGUUUCUCCUUAUUCAGAGUUUUCUGGCAAAUGCUUGUAGAGAAGCUGGACAUGUACAUCUAUCAGGAGAUAAUCCUGGCUAACCAUUUCAAUGAAGGAGGAGCAGCCCAGUUACAGUUUGAUAUGACACGGAAUCUUUUCCCUUUGUUUUCUCACUAUUGCAAGAGACCGGAAAACUAUUUCAAACAUGUAAAAGAAGCCUGCAUCAUUCUGAAUUUGAACAUUGGUUCUGCACUACUCCUAAAAGAUGUCCUACAGUCAGCUUCUGAGCAUCUUUCUGCUACAGCAGCCUUAAAUGAAGUUGGAAUUUACAAACUGGCUCAGCAAGAUGUUGAAAUUCUGCUCAAUUUGAGGACAAACUGGCCUAACACUGGAAAAUAAUGUAUCUUUGAGAAAAGGGUUAUUUAACAAAGAAGACAGUUGGAUUGAAGUUGCCUGAUAAAGUUCUGAAUUAAUGAAACUGUACAAAUGAAAACUUGGUAGAGCCAUUUAUUAUCUUGAGUUACAAUGUCACUAAAACAAUGACCAUGCUUCCUUUG